ACAUGCUUGAUUUCUUACUUUACAUCAUGAUCCAUCUAAAGUCGGUCGCACUUUGGGCGCGUUGUCAUACGAACUCGACUCGUGUAGUAACAAUGCCAAUUUUAAGUAAAGGAACACGCUGCGAGUUGUCAUACCCAGUGUCCACGGUAUAAAAUGCGCCCAUAGUGCGACGAUAGUCUAUCUUUAGGGCAGGCGGAAAAAAGUACAAUGACUUAACUAUAGACGCCUCGUACCACUAAACGAACCAAAAGCGAUAAAGCGCAUAGCAAGCGAUACGCAUCAUUUUAUUCCGACGCUAACAAGAUACAAGUAUGUUCCGCCAGCCCUUAAAUUAUACCUCAUUAAAUACAGGUAAAUUAGAAUGACAAUAAUGUCAGAACUGCUCAUUUUCCUGAUAUGUCUCGCAAUGGGAUGUAUAGUAUCUUUCUGUUCUGUUGUCAUUCUAAUCAAACUAUAUUCAAUGAGGUAUUGUAAAAAUCAUAGUCUGAGCUAUGCACCACUUACAUCCUCGUUUAACGGUUCCUUACAUACAAUAGAAAAUGAAAAGGCCAUUUGUUCUGACCUUCCAUACCCAUAGCGGAAAAUCGCGAUGCCUUUUUGUACCAUUUAUAUUAACAGGCCAUCUUAUCUUAUCUGCUAUUCACGUGUUGGAGCAUUGAGAGUAAUUUCUGAAUAUCCAUAUACAUUAUGCAACAUUAAUAACUUUGUAGAGCUAUAGUUGCAAUAAAUAAUGUAUCCACCUACCAAUAAUUGUCAUUACUAUUAUUUCGUAACCGUCAGACUAAUUUACACAAAUAGCAGCUAAUGAUAAUAAGACUAACUGAAGAAUAAUGUGACAAAUACUUGGCAUCGGGAAUUACAACGAUAGGUUUUAAAUUACUAUGUAAGUGCGCAGUGAUUGGCUAACAGAUUUAUUAUUUAACGUCUUUAUUGUUCUUUGAUUUAUUUAUAAUUUACUAAAGAAUGAAUGCCAAUAUAUAACCACGCGAGGUUGUUAGGCAAAACCUUUUAUAAUUGAAAUCAAAAGAGGGAUCUGUCCAGCAGAGGCUCGCUUUGCUAAUGGUUCCUUACACACAGUAUAAAAAUAGUAUGCAUUGCUCUAAAAUAGCAAUUAUGUAGAUAAUAGAGCCUUGGACACCCUUGAAGCGAUGUCUUAAGAAAUUCUUUAGUAAGUCUUUAUUUUACUGUAUCUACGUUAGCCCAGGCACAGUUCCAUCUUGCGAUCAGAGGUAAGGCUUCUGUCCUGUGUUCACAAGUUUAUGGAGUUAAUACAGGUGUCCUGAAUGUGUAAUCGCGUAGUGAUGUCACAAUGGCAUGGCAUUCAGUAGAAGUAAAAUAGUUAAACAUGAAAUAAUGGCCCUGAUUCCUGUAUACACCCCCUAAUUUUAAGAAAUAUCUGUAAUUUACCUUAUCCGCCGAAAAGAAAAGGGACGCCUGAUUAACAUUUGUUUAAUUUUAAAAUGUAUGAAUAACCUGGAAAAAUCAAACGGGCAUCUAGCUGAUAUGAAACCGGUUUGCGGUGUGCUGUCAACCUAAUUCGGUCGAGUUAUUGGCAAUGUUAAAAUUUGAGAGGGUUGUUUAUGAUGUCUGCCUAAAUAGACGCCUGUCGAUUAAUUGUCCUUUUCGACUGGUAAGAAAAUUAGAUGGUGUCUGCAGGAAUCAGGAGCAAUAUCGAAAUAGUCAAUUGUGAAUGAUUGUCUGCAUUGUAAUAGCCCGGUCACUAGAGAGCUUGUGCGCACAAAAUAUAACACGGAUACAAAAAGUUGACUGAGAAAGAAAGUUGGCUCUGCUGUAGUGUGUCGGCAUGCCCAGUAUGUAGAUAACUUUAUCUAUUUACUAGCCGUGGAGGAACGAGUAACAGUUGACAUAUAAAUACGUCACGUCACGCUAGCUCGAGGAUAUUGAAUGUACACAUAGAGGUAAUUGAUAGUGCAAUUAUUUUGAAACGUUAUAUGAGGAAGCAGGUUUUUCAGUGUAGAUGGGUAUUCCCUCGUCAUUGUAAGGAGUUGGAAAGUUAAUAUUGCCGUUAUAAUCAAGAAAUAAACGUCAGCUAUCUAUAACGUGCCAUGAGUCACGCCGCCGCACGCUCUAUCUCUUAUGUCGUAAACGAUUUCAAUUUUCGAGAACAAUCUUGAUGAUUAAACAUAUUUAUUUUUUUAAAGAAUUCAUCAUUUGUAAAUUAUUCCAAUCAUGUAAGAUAAUUACUUAUUUGUAGCAUUUCCCUUAUUUGUUUAUGUUGCAAGUGUAGUCAGUACUUCAAACGAUAUAAAUUUUAGUUGGCAUUAAUUCUCCUUUUCUCCUUCUCCUUUUCAUGUUUGGGCAAUGUUUUUUCAUUUCGUAAACCACUUGCUUAGAAGGUUAUGAUAAUGUAAGUUUCGUAAUAAUACCAAGAUUAUUUAUUCAGAAAUGAAGCCCGUACCUAUUUAAUUAGCCUAUGUACUUCCCACCAGAUGGCAACAGUUUAAAAAACUAUAAUACAAAAUAAACGUUUUCUCGGCAAUAUAUAAAAAACAGCUUAGCCCACGUCCGCACUGACAGGUGGCUUACUUAGCGCCUCAAGUCUCACGUGUCACCUGGCUACCCUUUCCUGAAUAUAUCGAUAUAAAUACUCGUUUAGCGUAGCCGAUAUUUGCAUUCGUAUUCAUUACUCAUAAAAGUGUUUGUUUAUUGGAAAUAUUAUUUAUAUAUUGAUAAUUGAUAAUGUAAAGAAUAAUGACAAUAUAGAUAAAAUAUCUAUUUAAUCAUUAAUCUUAAUGCUUCACAAGUGUUGCUCACUUUGGCCAGGGGCGGCACCUCAUCUGACAGGCUGCCACAACCUCUUUACAGGUCUCAUUACACUGGUAUAAAAUAUUGCAACCUUUUAAAAUAAGAAUUUAAUGUCAAAGUGACAUUUUGUACACAACAUUGCAAGGAAAAUCAAAAAAUAAUUUUAUUUACCUCUACACAAGAAACAAUUUACAGCAUUUUGAAUGUUAUUAAUACUUUUAUUGUAGGUUUUAAAAUGUAACAAAUUUUGGAUUUCUUUAGACCUCCCAUUGAUAAGACAUGAGGGGAUUCUUUACAUCGUAAUUAUGUGGUAAAGUGCGACGUAGUUUUAUGGCUUGGAAUAGGUUUUACUUAGUAUUUGAUUAUUUUAAUACGUUUAAUUGAUAGUUUCUUGAAUACGUUUAGCGAAUUCGUUUAUUUUUCAGUCAAAAUGUCCAACCUGAACGAUCUAAAAAAUCUCAAUAAUGGAAAAUGACCCUAACAAAAAAGAGUCGAAGGGGAAGAGGUUAUUUAAAAAGGCGAUAAGACGCAAUAGUAAAUCUAACAACAGUAGUCAGCAGAGCGCUCUGGAACAGAGUGCGAGUGUGAGCCGCUCUAAGAGCUUCGAGAAUAAGCAACAAUCUGAGGAGGUGAAUGACAGCACGCCGCUGCCCACGCCCGAGGGGCCGCACGAGCGCGCGGAGCACAAUGAGGCGCAGAAACACAGGCCCGACGACAAGCCGCGUGCGCAGGAACUGACGCUCCGCAACGUCGGCCCAUUCGAUGUCGUCAAGGGCAAGAAGAUCGUUGACAUCCAGGAGAAGCACAACCAAGUGUUCGGCAGUUCGCCAGACCAGCCCAAACUUAAGAGCCCGCAGGACACCGUCAAACAGAAAGAUUACUUUUUAGAGCCUGAAACUAGCAAACGUGGCGUUAAAAGGGUCUGUUUUCUUUGUCUACGAAAGAAUAACCAGACUUAAUAUUUAGUGGUAUAUUAGGCACCUGUGCAUAGCUUAUCCGUGAUCAGUAGCGAUUAGUUCGUUUUAUUUUGUCAUCACUAAUAAGGCCUUUGCACAUGAUUAGUUCCGUUCGUUUCUUUUGUAGCUUUCAGCAGUGUCUUAGCAGUUUGAUGGUUGUUUUCAACAGAUUUUAAUGAAUUUGUUUUGUU